AUGUAUAAGUGUGAUCAGUGCCCGUCAGUUUUCUCCGCAAAACGUAAUUUGGUCGCCCACCAAAAGAAGCAUGCAGGUGUACGUUUUCCGUGCACUGCAUGCCCAUCGACAUUCUCGUACAAAAACAACCUCAACAAGCAUCUGAAGAACAUUCAUGGUAUCGUUUCAGCUCGCCUCAGACCAUUGCCAGCUGCUCCGAUCAUAGAUCAGCCAGCACGACCGAGCGUCAUCCAGUUCGCGCCUCGUAUUGUUGCCCCCGAUAGCGAGACCCCUGACUCAUGCGUCAUAAUAGAAGAUGAUGAUACAGGUAUUAUACCCGCUGGUCCCUCAUACGAGCUUCAACAUCAGUCGAAUAUACCAAACGAUGGGUAUGAUGAUAUGUGCGUGGCAGUUUUAGAAAAUGCUCAAAAUGCAGGGCUAUGCGAAGCGUCAGGUAUUGUACGCUCUCGACCACUGCAACGAGGUGAAAUAGAGAUCGCCCCGGAUAUUAUAGUACCAGAUAUACCCGCUGGCCCCUCAAACGAGCUUCGUCAUCAAUCGAAUAUGCCAAACGAUGAAUAUGACGAUAUGUGCGUGGCAGUUUUAGAAAAUGCUCAAAAUGCAGGGCUAUUCGAUGCGCCAGGAAAAACCAUGGAAAAUGUUCGUAAACGUAUGGAAAUGAAACUUGUUUCGUGUGACAGGCGUUUACAGAAAUUUAUAAACAAAUCGACAUUUAAAUACUGCACUACGUAUUCUGAAAACCUAAAUGCCGUAACAUUGGAAAAUAAGAUCAUCAAUUUUUGCAAACCUAUUUAUAUUGGUCUUGCGGUUCUUGACAUAAGCAAGAGUUUAAUAUAUGAUUAUCAUUAUAAUGUGAUGCAAAAACACUAUGGGGAUAAAAUCGAGCUCAUGUAUACAGAUACAGAUUCAUUGGUAUAUUAUAUCCAAACCGAUGAUUUCUACGAAGACCUCAAGAAUAAUAACAACUUAUUCAACCGAAUGGAUACUUCCAACCUACCGGAAGACCAUCAAUGUUUUAUUUCGGAGAGAAAAAAAAUACCGGGUCUGUUUUCCGAUGAAACGGAUGGGCUCGUAAUGACAGAGUUUUGCGCGCUGCGAGCAAAGUCAUAUGCUUACAUUUUGGAUGGUAGGGAAAAGAUCAGGGCCAAGGGAAUUAGAAGGCAUGUUGUAAAGAAUCAUAUGACAUUUAACGAUCAUAAAAAGUGUUUGUUUGGUGAAGAGGAGAUGGAUGUUAAGAGAGAAAAUGUAUCCAUCCGCUCUUUCAAACAUCAACUGAUGACAAUAAAAUCAAACAAAUUAACGUUUAAUAACUUUGAUGAUAAAAGAGUUAUCCUAGAAGAUAAAAUCCAUACCUUGGCUCACGGACAUUACUCUCUAAAUGAAGAUGAACCCGAGGAUGAUUGGCCUGAAUUAGAUGAAGAAGGACAUAACUGGAAGGAGGAAGAGAAAGGCUUAAUGAGAGACCUUCUACAUUGCAUAACCUAA